AUGGGAAGAAGUAAAAACUUUAAGAGGGGAGGAAGAAACAAUACCAGAUCUCAGAAAAACUGGUCUGAAUUGGUGAAAGAGAAUGAAAAAUGGGAAAAAUACUAUAAAUCUUUGAAUUUGUUCCCAGAAGAUCAAUGGGAAGCCUUUAAACUAGCUUGUCAAGCUCCUCUACCGUUAACGUUUAGAGUCACUGGAUCUAGAAAGCAUGCUAAUGAAGUCUUACAACUUUUCAAAGAAAAACAUCUACCAAAUUUGACAAACGUUAUUUUUGAUGGAGAUCAUAUUAAGGCACCUAUGGAAUUACCAUGGUAUCCAGAUCACUUGGCAUGGCAAAUUGAUACUUCCAAGAAAGUCAUCAGGAAAAAUGAACAAUUUGCAAAGACUCAAAGAUUUUUAGUCAUCGAGACGGACGUAGGAAACAUCUCAAGACAGGAAGCUGUCUCCAUGAUCCCACCAAUUGUCUUGGAAGUUGAACCACAUCAUACUGUCUUGGAUAUGUGUGCUGCACCAGGUUCCAAAACUGCUCAACUUCUUGAAGCCCUGCAUAGAGAUUCCAAUGAACCCACUGGGUUCGUGGUGGCUAAUGAUUCCGAUUCAAGAAGAGCAUACAUGCUGGUUCAUCAGUUGAAGAGAUUGAAUAGUGCAAAUUUAUUAGUGGUAAACCAUGAUGCCCAGUUCUUCCCUAAGAUUAAAUUACGUGCUGAUGCAACGAAUAAGAGUGGCAUGUUGAAAUAUGAUAGAAUCCUCUGUGAUGUCCCAUGUUCAGGUGACGGAACCAUGAGGAAAAAUGUUAACGUCUGGAAGGAUUGGAAUACACAAAAUGCUCUGGGAUUACAUAACGUUCAACUUAAUAUAUUGAAUAGAGGUUUACAAUUAUUGAAAGAUAAUGGUAGGUUGGUGUAUUCUACAUGUUCAUUGAAUCCUAUUGAAAAUGAAGCUGUUGUGGCAGCCGCUUUAAGGAAAUGGGGGAAUAAGAUUAAGCUUGUCGAUUGUCAAAAUAAAUUGCAAGGCCUUGUUAGAUCCAAUGGUAUUUCUCAUUGGUCUGUUUAUGACAGAGAGAUGAACGCUAUAACUAAAGAUUCAGAAUCCACUAAGAGCAGCUGGUUUGAACCAACAGAUGCAGAAAAAGAAAAUUUCAAUUUAGAACACUGUAUGAGGGUCUAUCCACAUCAACAAAACACUGGUGGAUUUUUCAUUGCUGUUUUCGAAAAAACUGAAGACUUCUCUGAAGAUCAAUCAACUGCCGAUAAAGAAGUCAGUAGAAGCCCAACAGCCCCACAACCUGGAAGAGAAUCAUUAAAAGACACUAAUCCAAAGAAGAAAGCGAAAUUACCGAUCGAUGCCAUCGACGAACCGUUUGUUUUCAUUGACCCUAAUCAUGAAGCUGUAAAGGGAUGUUGGGAUUACUAUGGAAUUGAUGAUAAAUUCGACAAGAAUUCAUGUUUGGUUCGUAACGCCACCGGAGAACCUACAAGAGUUAUCUAUACUACAUCACCACAUCUUAAAAGCAUAAUUCAAUCCAAUGAUGAUAAGCUAAAAAUUAUAUAUUCUGGGGUCAAGCUUUUUGUCUAUCAAAGAGAUGACAUUGAAUGUGCAUGGAGAGUUCAAGGGGAAGCUAUCCCAAUUAUGAAACAUCAUAUGAAAUCCAAAAGAAUUGUCAAUGCCAAUAUGAAUUUACUAAAACAUUUGUUAAUGGAACCAUUUCCUACUUUGGCAACCAUUGAAGAAAAGCAUCUUGAUGAAGAAUUUGUGACAAAUAUCAGUAAAUUAUCAUCUGGGUGCGCGUUCAUCAAUGUUUCUAGAAAUGAUGAAAAUAAAGAAGAUAUAUUCCUACCAAUAUGGAAAGGAAUCAAAUCUGUUAGUGUUAUGAUAUCUAAAGAAGUCGUUCAUGAACUCCUUUAUAGAAUAUUUGGUAUCGAAACAUCAAGAACCGAUAAUAAUAGCAAGGAAAGAAUUCCUGAGGCAAAAGAAUCUACUUAG